GCAAGACCUAUGACCAUAUCAUUACUUUGGAUAGGUAGCCUGUUCACUCUUCGAAUGGCUUGGACCACGCGCUACCGUGUCGACCUAUACAUGCCAGCAAUUUCCAAUGGUCGGCCUCGCCCAGUGGAAAUCAUGCGGUGUAACAUCCAAUCUCCACUGCCAUGAAGUCAAGUCGCGACCAAAACACGAGAGCACGUGACCCUCCAUGACCCCUGAGCAGCGACACGCUUCUCACGAUCGGACCCAACCAGUUCGAGACUGUGUAUCAGAGCAAUGAUCAGGGCGCAAUUCUCGCUCGUAGUGGCCCUCUCUCAAGCACAGGGUAGUGGGAUCCAGGACAAGUGAUCGAAAAAUCUCGGGUCCAGUGGUGACGAACAUCGCGACCCUGCCAGGCCACCGCCCGGCAAGCCCUGCACUAGCGAUUACGAGUCAGCAAGUCAUAUCAGCCGAAUGGGCUAUUUUGACACCUACAACCACGAGUCCCCUGUCUUGGUCGGCCUUAUAAGGCUGGCUGGUCAGACUAUACUUCCGGCAUAUAGGAGGAAGGCAUGCCGCGCCCGUUACACGCAAAAGACAUAAACUUCAAAAUGUCCAUCGAGCUACCUACAGGGAGCCCCUGAUAUCGUGGCAGCCUUUUUCUCCUCAGGUAGUCCUCCAAAAGGACCCCAGAUAUCAGGCACCCGACUACUCAUAACUCUUCUGCUCGCGGAACUUUUGCACGGGUCUUUUGGUAUUGGAAACCAUGACACGCUUUUUUCCAUGCCGCACUGGUCCAUAUUCGGGACUUGAUGUCCUUUCGAACUCGGUUUCAUGCAAAAGACACUGUCCAUCCUUGGCAGACAGCAUGCCGGCCAGACGGCCGGUGCAGAACACUACCACUUCGUGCCAGUUGCAAUGAUGCAGCCAGCUACGACCGGAAACCCUUGUUGCCUAUUCUGCCCAGAGUGACUCAAAAGUCGGCCAUGUCAUGGGCACCAAUUGUCUAACCCAGGGACGUCGGUAAGUAGGCAGACAGGCAGGUAUUGUGUGUCAUUCCCUCCAGCACUUUAUUUAUAUUGGCUCUUUAUCUUCGAUAUCCCCCAGAUUGAAGCUCGGUUGGCCGUCAGUAUCCUCGCAUUCCGUUUUCUCCUUCGAGCCCCUGCCCUUAAAGUCCCUUGUCUUGCCUUUUAUCGUAUAUAUCUGCGAUCGGACAUUCCAGCUCUUUUUUCCUCCGUUAUAGUCCCUCACGAGAACUACUCAAUGACUUUCAAACCCUACCAUGUCGAAAACGGGACUCGCACCUCCAGAUUUUCCUCAGAAGUCCAGGACUCGACAUACCGCUCAGCCGUGAUGAAAGUCGCUGUCGUCGGCACCAAUGGCCUAGCCCAGUACAUAGCGAAUUGCCUGGCCACCGAAACGUCGCAUCAGUUCGUCAUUUUAUCGAGGACGCGCAAUCCGGGCCUUAUAGCGAAAGGAUGGCAGGUAUUGCAGGUCGACUAUUCAUCCCAGGCAGACCUACAAUUCAAGCUUGCCGGAGUCGACACAGUCAUCUCGACCAUCAGCGGCAACCCCCAACUAGCUCUGAUUGACGCUGCAGCCGCGGUCCACGUACGAAGAUUCGUCCCCUCCGAGUUCUGCGGGCCACCACCAAGCUUAUAUAUGCCGUCACCGUCACCAUCACCGCCGCCGCACGGUCUCCCGGUCGAUAACGAACGUCACGCCGCCGCUUUACAGCGACUAUCCCAGCUCGAAUCACAACCCAAUGGCAUGACAUUCACAGUCUUCACAUGUGGAAUCUUCUACGAGAGAUUCGCGCCCGGCGGCCUGGCGGCGUCCCAGAUCGGACUGACCAACAACAACGAUAUUGCUCACGAAGGCGCCUAUCUGAUGGACUUUCGGCGCCGGACAGCCCAGAUUCCUUUUGCUGUGGACGUCACUGCGACCGGGGGUGGUGGCGGACCCGGUCCCGCGACCAUUUGCAUGACUGCCGCGCGGGACGUGGCUAGGUUCGUGAUUGCGGCAUUGGAGUUGCCGGUCUGGCCGCGCGAGUUUCGAUUCUGUGGCGAACGUAUGACGGUGCGAGAGGUCGUGGCUAUCGCCGAGUCGAUUCAAGGUCGACCGUUCGAAAUCUCCGGCCAUACGAUCAGUUCAUUACAUGACGCCUUGACAUAUGCGCGAGCGGUAGGCGAUCGGGGCCGAGAGAUCAGGAUCCAGCAGUUGAUCGCCACGGCUGAAGGACGCUAUGAUUUCGCAGACAUGAACCUGCAUCCACCGCUGGUGCCGGUGUGGCCGGAACGGUUUCGGGACUGGUUGGCGCGUGUGUGGUCGUCGCAAGGUCCACGAACAUGAUAUGUAUGCUAUGAUACGAUGUUGAUACGAUGGUGAUGAUGGUAACUUGACGGGGAACGACAACCUCAAGCGGGUGGGCAAACAAUGUUAAAAUUUGAGCACUUGGUCCCAGUUUUGUUACGUUGGAUAAAAAAGGGGAGGGAAUCGAGCAGAGAGAGAAUAGCCGACAGAAGAAGAACUCUUGCUACUUUUUGCAAAAGGGUGCGUCGUCCGCAGGGCUGAAUCGAGGGGAAUGACAGACUAAAGAGACAGAACCAGAGACGACCAGAGACCAUGCUUCGAAACCCCCAACGACAGACUUCUUGGAACGUCUUGUCUUUCUUGUCAUCGCUCAACGAGAGAUGCAAUGCUGGACAUUGCUGUCCUGUUCAUCAGUCAUCGGGCAGGCCUUUGGGUGACUCAUCACCGCGCCCAUGAGGGUACUCAUGGCAUGGAUAGAUAGAUAGACAGAUGCCGGCGGGACUAAGUUGGUUAGUCACCGGUCAGUAUCACUGGGAGUACGUUUUCCAACGUUUGCGGUAAUAGUAUUCCGCAGUUUUCUUUCUUCAGUUUGGGAGUGACAAAUGGUUUGUGAGUAUUCUGCAUACAGACUUGUUAGCCUCAUGACCAGAGAUUUGUAGAGGGCGCCACUAACAAUUAUGGAUUGUGACCC